AUGGGUAUGCAUUGUCAUGGGGCCAGGGGCGGGGCCUUUGUUCUCUCGCCAUGCGGAGCUGCAAGUUACACAGGACCUGAGCUCAUUAGCACUUGGAGACCAUUGGGCACCAACCAGGCUUACGAUUGCCGGCAUGUCGUCGGGUCAUUCGAGGCAGCCUUGGUGCAGGACCAGUACCACACACCCAACCGGUCCCAACAUGAAGCGAACGAUCACGGGGCUCUGGGCUACGCCAUCAUCCGUCUCUCCUCCCUUGUUUCACCGUAUACGACGUUGGGGUUCGCUCGAAAUGCAUCAAAAUGCGUGAAAAGGCAUCACAUGUUCAGCCUGAGCCAUGGCGUUCAUGCAGACGUCUUUUCAGUCACUUAG